ACUAAACAACAAUGUAGCUACAAGAAACGAUUUAUCUUUACCUGUAAAAGUAGGAAUAUAACUUUUUAAACAUAAUAUGAGUACACAACUAUGUACAUUUAAUUCACAACAUAAGUACUGCUCGAGGGGAAUAACUUUUUAAAGACCUUACAACAUAAACAGAUAUUAAGACUUCUUUCAGGAUGAGUCAAUUCCGAUUGGCGUUUUUCUUAUCCAUCAUUAAAAUAUGCCAAUGUGUUCUUAUGACGAAUGUGACUGAUAUGAGAAAUUUUCUGAAAAGCUACAAUACACACGCGGCAAACGCCAACAACGAAGCUGUUACAAUUGCUUGGAAUUACUACACAAAUAUCACAAAAGAAAACCAGGCAAAAAUGACAGAGUCUGAUUUGGAUAUGGCCAAUUUUACUAAAGUAUGGGCAGCAAUAGCCAACCAAUUCGACUGGAAAAUAAGUGACCUGAAUGCAACAGAGAAAAGACAGUUCGAAAAGAUUACACAGCUUGGGUUUUCUGCUGUCAAUGAUACAGCUAAGAUAGAAUUAAAAUCGAACCUGGAGGCAGAAUUAACGAGCAUUUAUAGUACAGGAAAAGUUUGCCUUACAGAGUUUGGAAAAGGCUGUUUGGAACUAGAACCAGGUCUUACUGAUGUGAUGGCAAACAGUCGCAAUCCAAAUGAACUUUUAGCUGCAUGGAAAGGAUGGCGUGACCAAACGGGUAAAAAAAUGAGGACCAAGUACACGGAAUUCGUCAAUGUCAUGAAUGAAAUGAUAAAAUUUAGUGACUUUAAUGACACUGGCGACUACUGGCGGUCUUGGUAUGAAGCUUCAACAUUUGAAUCCGAUGUUAAAAAACUUUAUGAUGAGUUACUACCUCUAUAUGAACAAUUACAUGCCUAUGUUAGACAAAAGCUAAAAAAUAAAUAUGGAACGGCAUUGUUUCCCGACACGGGACAUAUUCCGGCCCAUCUAUUAGGCAAUAUGUGGUCCCAAAGCUGGAGCAAUAUUUACGACUUACUUACGCCAUAUCCAAAUGCUAUAAGUGUUGAUAUAACUAAAAAAAUGAAGGAUAAGGGUUAUAAUGUUACCCAUAUGUAUCGAGUGGCUGAGGAGUUUUUCACCUCUAUCGGAUUAGACAAGAUGCCUACAAGUUUCUGGAAUAAAUCUAUGUUAGAAAAGCCUGCCAAUCGAGAUGUUGUAUGUCAUGCUUCAGCCUGGGAUUUUUAUGAUGGGGAAGAUGUAAGAAUAAAACAGUGUACAAGUGUUACAGCUGAUCAGUUCUUGACUGUACACCACGAAAUGGGUCACCUGAUAUAUUUCUUAGCAUAUGCAAUUCAACCGGUCAUCUUUCGCAGAGGGGGAAAUCCGGGGUUCCAUGAAGGUAUGGCAGAUAUUGUGAGUUUGUCAUUUCAGACCCCCGAGCACAUGCACGCCAUAGGCUUAUUAGAUUCUAUCCCAAACGAUAAAGAGAGUGAUAUAAAUUUUUUGAUGCAAAUGGCGCUGGACAAAAUUGCAUUCCUGCCCUUUGGAUAUCUCAUUGAUCAGUGGAGAUGGAGUGUGUUUCGAAGAGAGACAACACCUAAUAAUUACAAUGCAAAUUGGUGGGAUCUUAGGUGUGGCUAUCAAGGUAUUUCACCUCCAGUUCAGCGGACAGAACAAGAUUUUGACCCUGGUGCAAAAUACCAUAUACCUGGAAACACACCUUAUAUCAGGUAUUUCGUCAGUUUUGUGGUACAAUUUCAAUGGCAUAAAGCAUUAUGUGAUGAAAUAGGCUAUAAAGGUCAACUUCAUAGAUGUGAUAUAUACAAGAAUAAAACAGCUGGAGCAAAAUUGAGGAACAUGUUAGCAUUAGGAUCGUCCAAACCAUGGCAGGAUGCAAUGCAAGUAAUGACAGGUGGUAGAAACAUGAGCGCUCUGCCGAUUAUUCAAUAUUUCACACCUCUUAUUGAUUGGCUUAAGGAACAGAAUAAAGAAGAAAACAUUGGAUGGUCUGCACAAUGUCCUUCCAAUAUUCCAUCACCAGAUCAAACAAACAACCAAGCUCGUCUUUCAGUUUCGACAGAAACUGUGUAUUUAAUAAUUGUUACUUUAACACAUUUUUUGUUGAUGAGUAUAUAAAGAUGCGUCAAGGAGGCUCGAGUGUACAAAAUUUUCAGCAAAAUUUUCAGCAUUUUUUUCGUUACAAAUUGUGUUUAUCACACUAUUAGUUGUUACCCUAUGAUAUGGUACAAAAUGAACCAAAUCAAAAAUCUUUUUUUGUAACCAAGAUGACUUUUAAAAUGUUUAUAUUAUUGAAAAAGCUCCAAGUUAUCUGCCUUAGAUGUAAAAUUGGCAUUUUGGGGGCAUUAAAAUUGAAAUAUCUUCCUUUUAUUAACUCGUCGGUGACCUAUAUUUUUACUACUUUUUCAAAUAUGCUGUACUCAAAAUAAAAAAUUGUAAACUUAAAGCGAUUUCUGUAAUUUGGUUCUUUUUUAUUUCGAUAUUACCUCUUUUCUCCUAUUAGAUCAACAGGAAAAAAUACCUUAACAAAAAUGCAUGCUUCAUUUGAAGGAAGUUGUGAGCUUAAAUAAUCGGUGACCCCAUUUUUUUAUUUCAUUUUUCUAUAAAGUAUAAAAGUUCAUUUAUAGAAAAACAUACCGAAAUCCAAUAUUUGAAAGAAAAAACAUUUACACCCGCGAGCCCCCUAAACAUCUUAUCAAUUACAAUUCUGUUUAUUGAUAUUAAUGACUCAGAUAUGUGAACAUUAGUUUAUUACUCAAUCUAACAUUUAUGGCAAUGUAAUCAGUAUAAUUUUCAAAAAUCUGAGAUAACUGUAAAUAUUGAUACAACUAGAAUUCGGGCAAAUUAUAUAGUUGUAUUUAUCAUAAAAUAAUUCAAUGCUUAAGGAAAAUUUAUAUAUUUACUAGGUAAUAGCUUUGUUACAAACAUAGCCCUUGAUUGCCUUUGUUUAAGGAAUGUAAUUAGAUAUUAGUACAUCAAUAUAUUUUCCUAUACUGUAUUAACAAUAUACAAAUUGAUUAAAUAAUGACUAGUUCCCAUUGCUAUAGUAUAUGUGUAUCUUGCAGAGAUUAAAAAAAUACCCUAAAGUUGCUAUAGUGUCGAACUGUAA